AUGGCAGGUUUAUCUACUGCCACACCAAAAUUAGUUGUUUCCGAAGAAUCUAUUCAAAAACCAUUAGUUCCACCAUCAUCAUCAUCACCAGAAGAAAAUUCUGUAUCAGCGGCCGUUGCUUCUGGCAAUAAAAAAAAAUUAACAAAAAUUUUAUCAACACAAACAAGUUUUGAAAAACAUCCUCAACAUCCAAUAUCAAAACGUUUUUCAAUUGAUGCUGAUCCAUCAUCUAUUAUUUUAAAUCAACCGGCAUCGUCAGAUACGCCAGUCACUGCACCCACAUCUGUUUCUCAAACACAUAAUAAUUAUCAUUCAUUUGAACAACAAACAGAUGAACAACAACAAAAAUCGGGUGAAAAAUCACCAAGUGGUACAAGAAGUCCCAUACGUUCACCAUCAUUUAUGAAAAAAUCGGAUAGUUUUCUUGAAAUACCAUAUGAAAAAGGAGAAAUUGUUGAUCUUAUUAAAUUGGCUGAUGAUCCGAAUGCUGUUUCACAUUUAACCGAUGAUGGUCAAGAAGUUUUAAUUGAACAUGGAGCGAUCAAUUAG